UGAAAUUAGCAAAAGAAUCCCCUUGUGGAUAUUUUCCACAAAAUCUUGUGAGAAGAUAAGCGAAGAACAGUCAUUCUGCAUAUUGAAAUGGCUUCGGCUACAUCAAUCGUCGUCUCGCCAUUACUACUCCCAUCUUCUCCUUCUUCAGUGAAUAGGGUUUCAGUUUCUUCACCGCCAUUACUACUCCCAUCUUCUUCUUCUUCAAUGAAUAGGAUUUCAGCUUCUUCUUCGUUCAAAUGCGAGCUUCGUCGGAAACAGAUAAACGUCUCGCCGUCGCGGAGCAGAAAUCAGAAACCCUACAGGCUCGUUUGCAGGGCGUCGGAGUACAAAUUCCCCGACCCGAUUCCUGAGUUCGCUGAAGCUGAAACAGAGAAGUUCAGGAAUCAUCUCCUUGAGAGGCUGCCUAGGAAGAAGGACAUCUAUGGAGAUUCAAUAGAAGAAAUUGUUGGUAUCUGCUCUGAGAUCCUAAACAACUUCUUGCACACAGAGUAUGGUGGUCCUGGAACGCUCUUGGUCAACCCGUUCAUUGACAUGGCUGAUACCAUAACCGACAGGGAUUUGCCCGGGGCACCACAAGCUGCACGCACAGCAGUUAAAUGGGCACAGAAGCAUGUCGAUAAUGAUUGGAAAGCAUGGAAUAGCAGCAAGAGCAGUUGAUUCCCACUAUCAUAAUCACCCUUAUUAUGUUUUGUUGUUGCAAAGCUGCUGUUAGAGAUUUUCUGCCAACCAUUAUUUGGAGAAAUAGGAGUUUUGUAGGUUUUAGAACAGUAUACCCUGUAAGCACUUUUGCUCUUUAUUAGCCAUCUCAUGUCAUUUGGCUAACAUGUUAGGGUGGAGUAUUAGAAAUUUUAUAAAUCUGAGUGAAAGUUCAAUAUCUA